AUGGGUCAUUUUCAACGAGACCUCGAGAAUUCCACCGGCCGAAUGUUCGAAAGCUUCCAUGAUAUUUACCUGUAUUCGAUCAAGAACCGGUCGGCAUUCUGGGAUUUCUGUUGGAAAUACUCCCAAUUAAUCCACGAGGGCUCCUAUACUAAUGUAGUCGACGAGUCUGCCCGGAUGGACAGCAUUCCUGGAUGGUUUGCAGGUGUGCGCUUAAAUUUUGCCGAGAACUUGCUGUUCUCACAUGUCGUCGGCGGCAAGUCUGGCAAGGAAGACGACAAAAUUGCCGUCAGCGAAGUCAGAGAAAGCGCUGCUUAUGGGGUUACACAUCUCACCUGGGUAGAGCUUCGACGACAGACUGGUGUGUUGAUUCAGGCGAUGAAAGCUCACGGGGUCGUUAGGGGUGAUCGCAUUGCUGUAUGCGCUGCAAAUAGCAUUGAUACACUCCUCGUGUUCCUAGCCUCGACGGCCAUAGGCGCUAUUUUCUCGUCCAGUUCUACGGAUAUGGGCGUUAAAGGUAUCCUGGAUAGACUGUUGCAGAUCAAACCUCGCUGGCUGUUCAUGGAUGAUUGGGCUGUAUACAACGGAAAGAAUAUUGACCUACGAUCAAGGAUCCGUGACAUCGUCCACGGAAUGAUGUCUAUUCCUGAAUUUCAGGGAAUAGUCUCACAGCCACGAUUCUCUUCCGCUGCAGAUAUUAGUUCUAUUCCGAUGACCCAAACUCUAGCUCAUUAUAUCUCAAAGGCGGGAGGUAAUGAGAAACUUGAGUUUGAGAAAGUUGGGUUCGGUGAUCCUUUUUUGGUCGUUUACUCGUCUGGCACGACAGGACAGCCAAAGUGUAUCGUCCAUUCUGUCGGUGGCAUUCUUCUAAACUCGACCAAGGAGGGCAGCUUGCAUAGUGAGAUUGGGCCUGACAGUGUUACCUUGCAAUAUACAACCACUGGCUGGAUUAUGUAUUUGUGUUCUAUACAAGCUCUGCUUUUUGGAGCUCGGGUGGUGAUUUACGAUGGAAGCCCAUUCGUAUCAGGAAUCACGACUCUAGUUACACUUGCAGCGCAGGAGAAGGUAACACACCUCGGGAUCUCCCCUCGAUGGCUGCACGAGUUACAGCAAGCUAAAACCAAGCCCCGUGAGAUAGUCGACCUAAGUUCGUUGCGAGUGGUAACAAGCACUGGGAUGGUCCUACGGGACGACUUAUUUGAAUGGUUCUAUGAUGAAGGAUUCCCAUCUCACGUCCGUUUGAACAAUAUCUCUGGUGGCACGGAUAUCGCUGGCUGCUUUGGUACGGGUAACCCUCUUGUCCCCGUAUAUGUUGGCGGGUGUGCGGGGUUUAGUCUAGGAGUCCCCGUGGAGGUCUACGACUCAACAAUUGAAGGCGGCGACGGCGUUAAGGGUGUCCCCGUUGAGGAGGAUGUCCCCGGAGAAUUGGUGGCCACAUUCGCAUUCCCCAACAUGCCGACAAUGUUCUGGGGCGACCAGGGCGGCAGAAAAUAUCACGAUGCCUACUUUAGGAGAUUCGACAAUGUGUGGACUCAUGGGGACUUUGUCUCCAUCCAUUCAGGUACAAAGCAACUGAUGUUCCAUGGCCGCGCCGACGGGGUCCUUAAUCCGUCAGGAGUGCGGUUUGGGUCAGCAGAAAUCUACAGAGUCAUUGAGGGUCAUUUCCCAAAUGAGAUCGCUGAUUCGAUCUGUGUUGGCCAGCGACGACCAACAGAUACGGACGAGCGUGUCAUGCUAUUCCUACUCCUCAAGCCAAGGGUUUCAUUUACACGCGACCUUGUGGGCCGGGUCAAUCGCGCUAUUCGCUCAGAGCUAAGUGCCCGCCAUGUGCCGAUGUUCACGUUCAAGACCCCUGAAAUUCCAACCACCGUCAACUUGAAAAAGGUGGAGUUGCCUGUGAAGCAGAUCGUGUCGGGCAAGGUAAUCAAGCCCUCGGGCACUUUGCUCAACCCGGGUAGUCUGGCAUAUUACUAUCAAUUUGCGGAUGUGGAAAGGUUGCGCGAUAGUAAGCUCUAG